AUGAAGAGGGAAGACAACACUCUCAUGCUCAUUGUAGAUGUCAAGGUCAACAAGCACCAGAUCCAACAGGCUGUGAAGAAGCUCCACAACACUGAAGUGGCCAAGGUCACCAUCAACCAGAAUCUCCUGACUCCUCUGAACCUGGAAAUCGACCCCACCAUCCAGCGGGUGAGGACCGAGGAGCGUGAGCAGAUCAAGACUCUCAACAACAAGUUCGCCUCCUUCAUCGACAAGGUGCGUUUCCUGGAGCAGCAGAACAAGGUCCUGGACACCAAGUGGACCCUGCUCCAGGAGCAGGGCACCAAGACUGUGAGGCAGAGCCUGGAUUCUUUAUUCGAGGGGUACAUAAGCACUCUCAGGAGGGAGGUGGAUAACAUCUUCGAGGAGAGAGGCCGCCUGGACUCAGAACUGAGGAGCAUGCAGGACCUGGUGGAGGACAAUAAGAAAAAAUAUGAAGAUGAAAUCAACAAACGCACAGCAGCAGAGAAUGAGUUUGUCACCCUGAAGAAGGACGUGGAUGCUGCCUACAUGAAUAAGGUGGAACUGCAAGCCAAGGCAGAUGGUCUCACAGAUGAGAUCAACUUCCUCAGAGCCAUCUUUGAGGCAGAACUGUCUCAGAUGCAAACCCACAUCUCAGACACUUCUGUGGUGCUGUCCAUGGACAACAACCGCAACCUGGACCUGGACAGCAUCAUCGCCGAAGUCAAAGCCCAAUAUGAGGAGAUCGCUCAGAGGAGCCGGGCUGAGGCUGAGUCCUGGUACCAGACCAAGUAUGAGGAGCUGCAGGUCACAGCAGGCAGACAUGGGGAUGACCUGCGCAACACCAAGCAGGAGAUUGCUGAGAUCAACCGCAUGAUCCAGAGGCUCAGAUCGGAGAUGGACCAUGUCAAGAAGCAGUGCGCCAGCCUGCAGGCUGCCAUUGCUGAUGCGGAGCAGCGUGGGGAGAUGGCCCUCAAGGAUGCCAAGAGCAAGCUGGAAGGGCUAGAGGACGCCCUGCAGAAGGCCAAGCAGGACAUGGCCAGGCUGCUGAAGGAGUACCAGGAGCUCUUGAAUGUCAAGCUGGCCCUGGACGUGGAGAUCGCCACCUACAGGAAGCUGCUGGAAGGCGAGGAGUGCAGGCUGAGUGGCGAGGGCGUUGGUCCUGUCAACAUCUCUGUGGUGCAGUCCACCGUGUCCAGCGGCUAUGGCAGCGCUGGUGGUGCCGGCAGUGGCUUCGGACUGGGCGGAGGCAGCAGCUACUCUUACAGCAGUGGUCAUGGCCUUGGAGGUGGCUUCAGUUCUGGCAGUGGCAGAGGCAUCGGGGGUGGCCUCAGCUCCUCUGGUGGCAGCAGCUCCACCAUCAAAUACUCCUCCACCACCUCCAGCAGGAGCUACAAGCACUGAAGUCCUGUGCUGGCCCUUGUCCCCACCCUGCUCAGCCCUCUGGUGCAGAGCCUUCUGCUCAGGAUCUUUUCCUCCCCUGCCUCCACCUUGCUCUCCUGCUGGGGCUCGGAAGGCUCCUACCCUCCUGGGUCCUCUGUCUACCUGCUCCUCUGAGUUUCCACAGCUUAUCUGUAGAUUGUCAACAACCAUUGUCACUCAGACAUGCCAACAUUGUUGUGAUGUUCCUUUCUAUAUGAAUUGCCAUUAUUCUGUGAUGCCUAUUCCAUAUGCUCCAUUUAAGUACUGAACAUGAGUCCACUGCAGACAAGGAGUCCUCCCUCUGAUUUCUAACUGCCCUGAUGUUGUAGCUGCCUUCCGGGAUUCCUCAUCUGCCCCAUGUAUCGUCUUGCUGUUCCCUUGGCAAUGAACGCUAUGUGACAUAACCCUUCUGGUGUUCUGAGUCUGUAUCCCCACCCUAUUUUUUUCUGGUCUCUUUGGCUUUAUUUGUUCUGUUAAAUAAAGUACAUUUAAAAUAUA